GCGCCGACGGCGACGUCGGGGUUUGUGUGCGCGAGAGGCUGCCGAUAAAGGUUGGGUGCCUCGCGCCGGGGGCUGUUGGGAGGGAGCGCGCCCCCGCCCCCCUCCCACGCCCCCACUCCUCUCCCGCCGCUGCCAGGGCCCCGUCUUCCCGUCGGCCCCUGCGGGAAGGCCCUAGGUCUCUCCCGCUCAUUCCCCGGGUCGGGGCCGCAGAGGGGAGGAGCUUGGCCCUAAAGGACGUGCUUGGCCUCCUAAAGACCACGCCCAGCCUUCUCACACUUGUCCAGCCUCCUGGCGGGGGGGGGGAUGACCAGCAUGCCGUGGCCGGUGUGAUGGUCGGCUCCCACGCGGACAUGGCGCCCGCCUCCACCUCCGAGGGGCCGGCGGAGAAGCCGGGCCCCGCGGCCCCCGCCCCGACGGCCCAGUACGAGUGCGGGGAGUGCGGCAAGUCGUUCCGGUGGUCGUCCCGGCUCCUCCACCACCAGCGCACGCACACCGGCGAGCGGCCCUACAAGUGCCCCGAGUGCCCCAAGGCCUUCAAGGGCUCCUCGGCCCUGCUCUACCACCAGCGGGGCCACACGGGCGAGCGGCCCUACCAGUGCCCCGACUGCCCCAAGGCCUUCAAGCGCUCGUCGCUGCUGCAGAUCCACCGCAGCGUGCACACCGGCCUGCGGGCCUUCACCUGCGGCCAGUGCGGCCUGGCCUUCAAGUGGUCGUCGCACUACCAGUACCACCUGCGGCAGCACACGGGCGAGCGGCCCUACCCGUGCCCCGACUGCCCCAAGGCCUUCAAGAACUCGUCCAGCCUGCGGCGCCACCGGCACGUGCACACGGGCGAGCGGCCCUACACCUGCGGCGUCUGCGGCAAGAGCUUCACCCAGAGCACCAACCUGCGGCAGCACCAGCGCGUGCACACGGGCGAGCGGCCCUUCCGCUGCCCGCUCUGCCCCAAGACCUUCACGCACUCGUCCAACCUGCUGCUGCACCAGCGCACCCACGGGGCGGCCGCCGCCGCCCCCGCCCCGCCGCAGCACGAGCCCGGCGCCAAGGUCUUGGUGUCCGACGCCUACCUGCACGCGCCCGCGCCGCCCCCGCCCCCCGCGCCCCCGCCCGUGGUGCCCGAGCUCUUCCUGGCCGCGGCGGAGACCACGGUGGAGCUGGUGUACCGCUGCGACGGCUGCGAGCUGGGCUUCGGCAGCGAGGAGCUGCUCUUGGAGCACCAGCCCUGCCCGGGGCCCGAGGCGGCGACGCCGCCCCGGGACGGGCAGGCCACCGCGGCGCCCAAGGCGGACGCUGCCCCGCCGCCGCCCUCGCGGUCCCCGCCGGCCCCUCCGCCGCAGCCCCCGCCUGCCGCCGCCGCCCCGGGCUUCGCCUGCCUCCCGUGCGGGAAGUCCUUCCGGACGGUGGCCGGCCUCUCCCGCCACCAGCACAGCCACGGGGCAGCCGGUGGGCAGGCGUUCCGCUGCGGCAGCUGCGACGGCGCCUUCCCGCAGCUGGCCAGCCUCCUGGCGCACCAGCAGUGCCACGUGGAGGAGGCGGCCGCGGGGCGCCCACCCCCCCAGGCGGAGGCCGCCGAGGUCACCUGCCCCCAGGAGCCCUUGGCCCCGGCCGCCGCCGCCGCCGCCGCCCCUGCCGCGCCGGCGCCCGCGCCCGCUCCGGCUUGUGCCGAGCGGCCCUACAAAUGCGCCGAGUGCGGCAAGGCCUUCAAGGGCUCCUCGGGGCUGCGCUACCACCUCCGGGACCACACGGGCGAGCGGCCCUACCAGUGCGGCGAGUGCGGCAAGGCCUUCAAGCGCUCGUCGCUGCUCGCCAUCCACCAGCGCGUACACACCGGCCUGCGGGCCUUCACCUGCGGCCAGUGCGGCCUCACCUUCAAGUGGUCGUCGCACUACCAGUACCACCUGCGGCUGCACUCGGGCGAGCGGCCGUACGCCUGCGGGGAGUGCGGCAAGGCCUUCCGCAACACGUCGUGCCUGCGGCGCCACCGGCACGUGCACACGGGCGAGCGGCCGCACGCCUGCGGCGUCUGCGGCAAGAGCUUCGCGCAGACCUCCAACCUGCGGCAGCACCAGCGCGUGCACACGGGCGAGCGGCCCUUCCGCUGCCCGCUCUGCCCCAAGACCUUCACGCACUCGUCCAACCUGCUGCUGCACCAGCGCACCCACUCGGCCGAGCGCCCCUUCGCCUGCCCCAUCUGCGGCCGCAGCUUUGUCAUGGCCGCCUACCUGCAGCGGCACCUGAGGACGCACGCCCCGGCCCCCGCGGCCCCCGCCGCCGGCUCGCAGCCCCCCGCCCCGCCGGCCGCGGCUCCGGCCCCGUCUGCCACCCAAGACGUCCACGUUCUCCCCCACCUCCAGGCCACGCUCUCCCUCGAGGUGGCCGGGGGCCCGGCCCCGGCCCCGCCCCCGGGUCAGGCAGCCCCCAACUCCCAGACGUUUCUCCUGGUGCAGACCGCCCAGGGCCUCCAGCUCAUCCCCAGCAGCGUGCAGCCCCCCGCGCCCCCGCCCCCACCCGCUCCUGCCAAGCUCAUCCUGCUGCCCUCCUCGGGCACUGCGGCGGGGAGCGGCCGUGGCCGGCAGGGCCCACGGGCAGCUGGGAAAUCUGGGCAGGGGCCUGGAGUCGUGUGGCUGCCAGGUCCUGGGGGACUAGGGGUUCAGGGAGGGGGCAACGCAGGGGCCAGCGGGGGAGGGCAGAGCCUCAUCGUCCUGCAGAAUGUGGGCGGUGGGGAGGCAGGGGCACAGGAAGUGAGCGGGGUCCAGCUCCAGCCCCUCCGGCCAGCCCCGGAAGUGACCACGGUCCAGCUCCAGCCGGCCCCGGAGGUGACCACGGUCCAGCUCCAGCCGGCCCAGGAGGUGACCACGGUCCAGCUCCAGCCUGUGGCAGGCCAGCUGUCCAAUCCCAGCGGGGCAGCUGUGACCACGGAGGCCCCCAAUCUGCUGGUGGUUCAGAGCGGUGCGGCCGAGGAUUUGCUGGCCGGUCCCGGCCCCGGGGAGCCAGGGGACGGUGAGGCCGCUACUGGCGUCGUCCAGGAUGUGCUCUUUGAGACGCUGCAGACGGACGAGGGCUUGCAGAGCGUCCUGGUACUGAGCGGGGCAGAUGGGGAGCAGACCCAGCUGUGUGUGCAGGAGGUCGAGACGCUACCCCCUGGGCUGGCUGAGCCACCUGCCCCUGGCCCGCCGGGACAGAAACUGCUCAUCAUCCGCAGUGCUCCCGCCGCUGAACUGCUGGAGAAUAGCAGUGGUGGCGGAGGCGGUGCCACGCUGCAGCUGCUGGCCCCACCCCCACCUGGCCAAGCCUCUGUCCCAGUGGGCAUCCCCACGGCUCCCGCCUCCCAGAUGGUACAAGUGGUACCCACCGGCACUGCACCUGGGGGCGUGGCCCCGCAGGCCCUCCCCUCCAUCCAGAUUGUCCAGACUCUGCCCGCCGUCCAGCUGGUGCACACGUUUUGAGUAGAACCACUGGUAUCUCUUCUUGCCCCGCACGGAGGCCCGGACUCACUGCUUGGGCUGGGCUGGGGGGAGGGGAGCUGCAGGCUGGGCUUGCUAAUAAAGACCAGAAUCUCC